CUUCCGGCCGCCCCAGUGCGCGAGUGUCAGGCGGCGCGGGGAGCCGGUGGCCGCCCCGCCCGCGUCUCGCAGACGGAGACGGAGGCGGUGGCGGCGGCGGAGGAGGAGGGAGCCCGCGAGCGACCGAACAGCCCGGCCCCUAUGAGCGGGCGCUGAGCGGCGAGCCGGCGGCCGAGGGAGCUUCCUGGCGCGGCGGGACCAGCCAUGGACUGGCUGAUGGGGAAGUCCAAGGGAAAGCCAAAUGGUAAAAAGCCAGCACCUGAAGAGAAGAAACUUUACCUAGAGCCAGAGUACACAAAAUCCAGAAUUACGGACUUCGAAUUUAAGGAGCUAGUGAUGUUACCACGAGAAAUAGAUCUCAACGAGUGGCUAGCCAGCAACACAACAACCUUCUUUCAUCACAUCAACUUACAGUAUAGUACAAUCUCAGAAUUCUGUACAGGAGAGUCAUGUCAAACCAUGGCAGUGUGCAAUACACAGUACUACUGGUAUGAUGAGCGGGGAAAGAAGAUCAAGUGCACUGCUCCUCAGUAUGUCGACUUUGUCAUGAGUUCAGUGCAGAAACUAGUGACAGAUGAGGACGUCUUUCCAACGAAAUACGGCAAGGAAUUCCCAAACUCAUUUGAGUCUCUAGUGAAGAAGAUCUGCAAGUACCUGUUCCAUGUGCUGGCCCAUAUCUACUCCUCACACUUUAAGGAGACUUUAGCACUGGAGCUGCACGGACAUUUAAACACGCUCUACACACACUUUAUCCUAUUCAUCAGGGAGUUCAACCUCGUGGACCCUAAAGAGACCACCGUCAUGGACGACCUCACAGAGGUCCUCUGCAGCAGCAGUGGGAGCAGCAGUAAUGGGAGUGGCAAUGGGAGCAGCAACAGCGCAGAAGCACAGAACCACGUGAAGGAGAGAUGAGCCCCCCUGCAGGAUCAAAACUAACAUUAAAAACAAUAUUAUAUAUUCUCUGUGUAUGUGUAUGUAUAUGUUCAGAUAUACAUACAGACAUAUACAGCAAUGAAAGAAAUUCUGCUGCCACCACAGGACGUGUAGUCAUACAGGACUGUAUGGAGUUUUGGUUUAAUGCACCACAUGGCGAGAAGUUGCACCAGUUUUAUUUUAUUUUCUGUCCACUCCUCCUUUCACCUAUUCAGACGGAUGAUGAGUGCUGUUUUUAGAAAAGAGCCAAGCUUGAGUGGGGCAACUCUUGGUUUUUUUGUUUGGUUUUUUUUGUUUGUUUGUUUGUUCGGUUGGUUGGUUGGUUUAUUGAUUUUCUCUCUUUGGUCUUGAGUGCAAGCCCUUUGUCUUUCUAGGACGGUGGUCCUGCCAUUUAAAAAUUAUCUAUUCUAUUGUAAGAAGUGACUUUUACUUUGAAGUGGCUUAAAAUGCAGAUUUGUUUGGGUUUUUUUUGGGGAUGGGGUGGGGUGGUUUUUUGGUUUGAUUUUUACAUAGACUGCCCCUUACCUUGCCAAAAACUCCCCAGUUGAGUGCAUCUUGCCCUUUGUUAGCUUGGAAUGGGAAGAAACUCCUGGCUUGACUGAAGUAGCAACUAGAGGCUUGCUACGUGUUGAAAGUGGGCAUGAUUCUCCAGUUGUCCCAUCUACCUGUUCACAACAUGUGAACAUGCAAGAGGGUCCGCAGGCCUUUCUGCUUAUUGCUCCUACAACAUAUAUACUCUUUUCUCUGCUCUUCCACCUCCUUUUUUCCCAGGCGCACCUCUACAAGUAAAGAGAGUAAGAUUACUGGAGUCCAAAACCCAUGUGAAAGAGCCACCAUCGUUUGCUUCCCAUUGAACAGAGGCCCAGGGAGGGAGGAGAAGGGUACAUUGAGUCAGUCACUGCCUGUGCUAGAAAGAUGGCUGUUGGCAUAAAAUUAUAUUGUUGGCUUAUUUUAGUUCAUCUGUUCUAUAAUAAUAAAAACAAAUCUAUCAGCCAUAAGCUUUGGUUUUGUGUUUGCAGCAUCAGAAGUCAGUGGAAUACACCCAUACAGCUUCCCUUUUACCACUGAAUGUUGUUGCCCCUGCUGUCAACCGGCUUUGUAAAUAAUUGUUUGUAUUCCACCCUGUUAUCUUAUGUUUACAAUCAAUUCCUUGGAUUUUCUGGUGGUGCUAGGAACCUCCUUCCCCAGGUAAUCCGAAGAUAAGCAAGCACUCAAAAAAUAAGCAACACAUGGAAAGGAAGAAGUUUCUUCAUACUUGAAUUCUGCAAAUGCAGUGGUCUCCUGGAUGUUUGAGGAAAUAUUAUAUCACACUAUCUGUGGAUACAGUAUUGUAUCAAUAUAGUGUCUGGACAGUGAUAAUAUUCUUUCCUUCACAUUUCUACUGAAUUCUUACAGUCAACACUUCCAACUGAGAAAAUGCCAAAUUUGCUUGCAAUUGUGCUUCUAUCAAAUCUGUGGCAGUGUCUGAGAAUUGCUUGUUACUAGUUUUAGUCAUUAUCCUGAGGUAUAGACAUCAUUAAUAAGUGACCUGGCAUCAAUCCUAGAAACUUUUCUUUAAUGAGAUCUGCAAUUGUAGUAAAAGUCAAUAGAGAGAAGAAAAGGAAAGCAAGUGCAAAGAAAAAGGAGAAGGGGAAGCAUGAGCAGGAAAGGAGGGCAAAAACCAAAAAGCAUCAGCAAGAAAAAGGCUUGUGAAGAAGUGUGCAAGAGCAACAACGGGUAAAGUAAGGAAAAUGUGCAAGUGAGAAAAAAAAGAGCAAAAAGGGACAAGCACAGGAGAAGGGAAGUGGAGGAACGAGUAAGGGAAAACGACCUCAAACUUUGUGAGCCCAGACUUGUCCAAUGUUUGUUUCCAGAUUGUGGGUUCCUUGUGAACCUGCAGGCAAAUGCGCUGGAGUCGCAGUGACCUGCUCAUCUGAGUGCUGUUAACACAGGCUCUUGAAGAGCACUCCUUCCUCACCACUCCUCCUGCUAUGGUCUCCAUAGCCAGACAGAUAUUCCCAUUCAGUCUCCAUUCACGUACUGAUGUGACCCUUUGCACCACAGUUCCCCACACUAAUGUCUGAAGGGAAAACCGGAGGUCAGCAGCAGUGGUGCCGUUCAUAAGGCUGCUGUCCUACUUGCAACAAAAGCAUACAGCGGAGUUUAAAGUAAGAAAGUAAUAGCAAGGACAACCACACAAAUGCCAGUAUUUCUGGUGGUCUGCUUGCAAAGAUGCAUUUGCAAUCUUAAUUCUAAAAUAUCAUUUAGAAAUGAUAGAUGUUUGGGAAAGGUUUGACUUGAACAGGAGGCAGUUCAGCUCUCUCUGAAACAACUCUUUAAGUUUCAGAUCACAACACAGUGACUGUAGUUCAGCUUCCCAGGAGAACUGACAACCUUGUACAAAGUCUGAGAACCAUUUGUUGAUGCAAAGCAGCAAACCUUUAUUCAGCUACCAGGAGAACAGUGAAGUACCAUGUUACCCAUGCUUGCUGUUGUUCAUGGCAGCUGUCCCAGGUUUAUUCUGCGGACAUCGGAUAUUCCUGAGACCACAGGCACUUCAUCUAGCAGGGUAAUAUUUUAUAUUUUUACAGUACAAAUAAUUAAUCCAUCUUCAGUGUAGCUGCUCUUGUUAGUUUUAGCAGUGGCAAUAAGGAAAAAAACACUGAAAUUGUGCCAAAACUAAUGUUCUUGUUAGGAGUAAAUGCUACUGUAAAGCUCAGGAUAAAGGCAUAUUUUAGAGGUCACUGAAUUAUGGUGUAGUUACACCAGAUACAGAAGUGCUACUAAGUCUUCAAACUCUGUGUGGCUGAUGCCAUUGAAGCCUGUCACUGACUAUCUGCACUAUAAGCACUGAACCUGAAUCUCCCUGUGUCUAAAAGGCAGGCUUAGGUCUUCUAAUAUGGAGGAAAUUAUCAUACUGCUGCUUUGAAUGUGUUUUGUAAAUUGCUUAAAGUGGCGUCAGAACAAUAGAGGCAGCUUAAUAAUGCUGCAUUCAAACAUCACCACUCCCCACCUUAAAGAUCAUGAGGGACUGUACCGUGGUUUAAGGGUUGCUAAAUAAAUAGAAGUAAAUAAAAAACACAGAACGCCCCAGAGAAAAUGAUUGAACACUGCUAGAAGACACCUCCUGAACUAUCUACACCCCUCAUCAUACAUGCCUUUGCAGGCCUUACCUUGCUUGGCUCUCGGCUUUACGUGUGCCACUGCAGAAGCUCUAACCAAUGUUCAGGCCUAAAACAAUGGCAAUGAGCACAAGCUGUCAGAGGGCUACAGUCUUUCCCUUAAACCCAACAACAGCCACAUGGAUGUUUUGUGGGAUUGCAUUUGUGAUAGUUGGUGCUCUGGAGACAAAUGAUGUGCUGAAGAGCUGAGGUUGCAUAAAUUGAUAGCAAUGGGGUGAAAUGUUACAGCAAGCUGAAACUUCUCUCCGCCUCCUCUCUUUGUCAUUAUCAGUAAGGCUUUGAAGAUGCAGUGCCCUUAGGGAAUCCCAGCAUAAGCUCCCUUAAGUGAAAACAGGAGGAAAAUAGAUUUCAUCAUACAUGCCAUCUGGAAUAAAUACCAGCAGCGGGUAAGCAGGCACCAAGGUCAGUAGCUUCUCUCUGCUACAUGGGCUGCCUCUGGCUGUUCGUGGGAACAGGACACAUGAACAGUGCCACCAAGUCUUUCACACAGCCACAUUUAGCUUUGACCUCAAAGCAACAGAGCUGCAUAGAGAUCAUAGGACCCACUUCGCCCUAACCCUAAGAAAGGUCCUGAAGUGGUAAGCUGUAAAUCAAGUCAGCUGUCUUCUACUUGAGCUUAGUAAAAUUGGAGCCAUGCCAUCCUUUCUUGCCUGAGGAAGGAAAGAUAACUUCUUGCAGGAAGUUAUCAAGUCUGAGAUCCUGGAGAGCCCACUCAUUUUAGAUAUGAACAUCAACCUUUUUUAAUCACGAAUUUUAAGAAAAUUGUCCUUGUUUCUCAUAGAACGCUUUCCUGAUGAAAAGGUUUGAGGAGGGAGAAAGAUGUGUUCUAGCUUUGAGGUACCUCCAGUUCUGGCCAACCAUGCACAUACUGAGGUGCUCCUGGAAGGGAUCAGAGGCUAAACGUGGGUGCUGUCAGGUAACAAUUAGCUCCUGUACCUGAGCAGAAAACUUAGACUGUCACCAGAAAAAGUAAUCCCACAAAAGAACAAGCCAACUUUAUGAGCACUUUCUAAGUAUGCUGAUCUCAUACAAAGCCAUGCUUCACCAAACAAGCCCUUACUCACAUCUGUCAUGUAACUUGUCCCAGCCAAUCCUUAGCUCACCAUUUCAGCUGUUAACAAAGACUCAAACCCAGAAAUACUCUUCCGUCAUCUAAACUCAGGACAGAAGAACAGGUUGUAGUUUUAUUCUGUUUGAACUUACUGAAACCAAUGUUUCACAUCUCCAGCACAAAUGGCAACUAUCAGACAGUUUAAAUCUAUCGCCUGGGCAGUAUUUAUAGCCCAGAGUUCAGUAUGGCUAAGUCAUCCAUGCUGCUGUGGCAAUUCUAGUGCCUAAAUACAAGCUCAGUUCCUGAAGGAUUUAAAGACAGAUCUGGUAUCUUUACAUGAUAUAGCUGUAUGCAGUACAGACAAUUCCCAAUAUUCCCAAUGGACGAAGAGAAAAAACACCAAACAGCUGGCAGCCCUGCUCAGUGUGCUAAUGGUGUCUCCAUUCUUCUCAUGGACAGAAGAACUGUUCUGGUUGUGACAGCUGACAUGAACAAUAAGACUUUUCAAAGCUAGUUUAGCAUGUGACUUGGAGAAAACAGAAAUUGUUGUGGUCAGGCACUCAGAUGAGAGAAAAUUCAGAGAGCUUCGUCU